GAUAACAUCUUGCAGGUGCAUCUCUACGUUGUUCUAGAUUGUCUAUGUUUUGUAAUGUAUUCGAUUACAGCAAAACGGCAGAAGUAUAGUCCGAAGUAUUUAUUACUUUUAUAAGUGAAAAUACCUGUUUUUAUGAGACAUGUGAUUACCAAUAUAAUCAACAAGUAUUCAAGCAAACUUAUCUGAACGUGGUAUUUAAAUAUGUGGUGCUUCUGUCGUUAAUUCAAUAAAGAGUGGAACAACCUUUAAUUAAGUACUAGUUGUGGCUAUAAACAAACAUCUGUAGAUGUCUGAGCCUACACUUGUUGCACCCACUUUCAAAAACUUAGUGAUUUAGUUUACCUGUUUGUGAGAAAGUGGACAAAUCUUAUUAACAAGUCAUAGAAAUCAUUUCGUUGUAGUUUACCGUUACGAUUGUCUAGUGAAUGUGGGAAAUGUAUUUCAAUAUUGUUAUCGUGGAUGUUCGUUACGAUGCACCUGCAGCACAUAUCGUUGCAUUGAGUGAGUGCAUCGCGUUUUUUAACAAGGUCUGACGGCAAGCUAAUCAACUUCCAGUUAUUUGUUACGUGUUAACUAUGGCGCAGGUAAAAAAAUACACGAAUCAACAAGUCAGUGAGGAAUCGGUCCCAAAAUGACUCAUACGUGGUUACUGGCAUUCCUGUAUUGUUUUGUUUUUGUGUAAUGCCAUAGCGAUGAGUAAAUUGCGGAUAGUAUGAACGAAAAAAUAUACAGUUAUCUGUGAAGAUAAAUGAAGAAAGAAGUAUUCUAAGGUUGUAAAUUUAAAAAGUUUAGUAGUUGUUUUUGUUGGCGGGAACAAGAGUGAAUUUAUAAGUGCUGUGCAAUAAAAUGUGUUAAAAAUUGUUUGUUGACUUAAGUUGCAAUGGCUCAGAGCUCAGUGGACUCAGACAGGCUUUCCUCAGCGGGUAUCUCAACCCAUAGCUCUGGGACAGCAGGAACUGUUGGUGGUUCCGUGGUAGGAGUGAGACCUGGUGAUGCAGGCCUUAAGAGAGGAGAAGACGAGGAUGAAUACAAUCUAGGUCCUUUGCCUCCAAUGUGGGAGAAAACAUUUACACCGUCAGGAGAAGUCUAUUUCAUAGACCAUAAUACAGGCACAUCACACUGGCUAGACCCUCGAUUAGCCAGAGUCCGGAAACAUUCCCUUGGAGAGUGUGGAGAAGACGAGCUACCUUUUGGCUGGGAGAGAGUCACAGAUGAGAGAUACGGUUCUUACUAUGUAGACCACAUCAACAGACGGACUCAGUAUGAGAACCCUGUCCUACAAGCAAGGAGGAUUAGAGAAUUUGUUUCAGCGGACAAGCUGUCUUCAGACAAUGCUGGCAAUGGUCAGUCUAACGGGACCACGCCUACUGGGGACCUGCGCGGUGAGAGAUUCACUCUCACUCUCACUAAAGGCACUCAGGGUUUGGGAUUCACACUUAUCGGCGCUGAAGGUAUACCAGAAACAGAAGGCUACCUUCAAAUUCGCAGCAUUGUACCACAUAGUCCCGCUUGGAUCGAUGGCGCCCUCCGUCCGGGCGACGUGGUGGUGGGCGUGGGCAACCGCGGCGUGCGCGGCCUGUCGCACGCGCACGUCGCGCAGGUGUUCCAGUCCAUCGCGCCCGGGACUGACGUCACGCUGCAUCUCGUUAGAGGCUACCCUCUCUCAUUCGACUCUGAGGACCCAAACACUCGGGUACUGAGCACGUUAGCUGUGGACGCGACCACCCCGCCCACAUCAGAUGCUGUUGCCAUGCAACAACUAACAAGAGCUUUGCGGACCAGAUCGGCUUACAAUUCCAGGUUUAACCUGGACUCACCGAAUUUGGAGGGUAACCAGGGAGGCCGGGACAAGACCGACGGCGGACCCAUGCCGCCGCACAGCCCGGGGCAGCGGAGACUGAUGUCCAGGUCCUUCGAUCUUGACGAGCUGACCAUCAAUGAUGAUAAUCAGGAGCUUCCACGAUGCCCGUCUCUGGAUCAUGUGCUGUCCUUGGCUAAUGAGCCGGGGCCCCGCGCCAGCAGCCCGGGGCGCGGCGCGGGGCGCGAGCUGCUGCUGUCGCUGCGGCGCGGCGCGGCCGGCUUCGGGUUCACCAUCGCCGACAGCGUGCACGGCCAGAAGGUCAAGAAGGUGUUAGACCGCAGCCGCUGUGCAGGUCUUCGGGAAGGAGACUUACUGUUACAGAUCGGAGAGACUCCAGUCAGACAUGCACCUCACCAACAUGUCGUACAAGUGCUGAAGGACUGCCCGGCGCUGCAGGAGACGACGCUCCGCGUGUGGCGCCGCAGCCCCGCGCCCGCGCGCGCGCCGCGCAGCCGCUCCGCCACGCGCCUGCAGCCGCAACCCGUGGUAACAAAUAACAAUAUAAGAAGUAAAACACCGACAGCUGAGCAACUAAGAUCACCAAACCUGCACACACAAGACUCUUUGAGAGAUAGACUGAAUGGCAUGAAUUCUGAAGCGACAUACGCAGUCCCGGAACACAAAAACCGAGAACGCGAAAGCCUCAUAGACCGCCGCCGUCGCAGCAGCACUCCCGGCGGCCGCCUCACGCUGCCCGUCGUCACGCCCUGGACCGAGCCGCAGCCCGACAACCAGUGGCAGGAGCGGGAGACCUGGCUCGACAACUCCAACAUACGGAACUGGGCAGAGAACGCACAGAAAUGGGACGAAAACGGACAGAAGUGGGACGAGAACACGCAAAAAUGGGAACAGAACGGACAAAAGUGGGACGAGAACAAUCAAAAGUGGGAACAGAACGGACAAAAAUGGGACGAAAAUACGCAAAAAUGGGAACAGAACGGACAGAAAUGGGAGGAGAAUGGGCAAAAGUGGGAGGAAAAUGGACAGAAGUGGGUUGAAAAUGGUCAGAAAUGGGAUGAGAGUGCGAAUGGGAACCGGUGGGGGAAUAACGAGAGGUGGGGUAAUGGGAACUGGGGGGAAGUGCCCACGCCCACUGUACAUGUUGAUAUGAAUGCUGCCUACUGGAGGGGCAAUGCCAGCGUGGCUGACAGCAGCGAUAAUGGAGGUUUCCCUGAAGAUGGCAUGCUGCACUCGCCGACCACAGCAGCUAUCGGUGGUCUGAACGCGCACAGACAGUCACCUUCUACGAGCAGGAUGGGGGGACCACAUUCACCAUCAAAUUCUACUGGUCGUCUCCGUAGUCACUCACCAUCUAACACAAGCGCUACAGAUCACCUGCUCGCCAACUCUCCGUCCACCCGCCUGCAGAGCCAGUCGCCCUCCAAUAACUCUUCCAACAGCCGGAUCAAGUCUUCCCCGCUAAGGUUACGAGAAACAUCGCCAUCAAGACACAUGCACUCUCCAGUGUCGCGGCAGUCACCGUCGUGUUACGAGAACGAGUCUCUCGCGCAACCCAACCAACUGUACGUCGCUAAUUAUCCGCAGGUGGAGGCGGGCGGCGCGGGCACGGACCCGGCGGCGGACGUGCUGGUGCGGCUGGCGCGCGCCGCCGCCGGCUUCGGGUUCCGCAUCGUGGGCGGCACCGAGGACGGCAGCCGCGUGGCCGUGGGCUACGUCGUGCCCGGUGGGCCAGCAGACGGCCUCCUCCGCCCAGGCGACCUGCUGACGUCAGUGGACGGCAUCCCGCUCGCGGGCGCCACGCACACACGCGCCGUGUCCUACGUGUGUCAGGCCGCCUCUAGGGGACAUGUAACAUUAGGUGUGAGACACAACCGCGCAGAUAUUCAGCCGCUAGGCUUGCCUGCGAUGGUGGCGCCACACGCCCACCAGCCUUUACUAACCGCGGAACCGGCCAUGCAUGGCAGCAUGCCGCCAGUAUCGUACAACAUUCUCCACCCCGCGCCCAUGUACCCACCAGCCGCGCAUGUGCCCAUGUACGGUGUACAAUAUGACACAGCAACAGGCGGGUGGGCGUCAGUGCCGUAUGACGUCACAGUCACCAGGAACGAAGGAGAAGGCUUCGGUUUUGUUGUCAUCUCGUCCGCUAACAAAGCUAUCAGUACUAUAGGUCAACUAAUCCCGAACUCUCCCGCUGCCCGCUGCGGCCUCCUGCACGUGGGCGACACUAUCGUGGCCAUCAACCACGCGGCCAUCCGCAACCUGCCGCACCCCGAGGUGGUCGCGCUCAUCAAGCGCUCCGGGACCGCCGUCACGCUCACCGUGCUGCCGCCCGAGCGACACGACGCGCUCGAGCGGCACGACUGACCCCCGCCCCGAACGAGGCGCAACUCCUGCGAUAUACACUGACUUGGAAGGUAAUGUGGACUUAUACUCUGCACAGACCGCUAUAGCAACUUAGGCCAAAACCAAAAACAAAAUUUUGGUCAAAAACUAGUAAAUAACAUGAAUUGUUCGUUACCGGACGUCUUAGUGAAAAAAAACUGUCGCAACUGUUGGCCGUAUGGAAAAUCGAUACUUAGGUAAUUAACGUUUUUAAUAGAUAGUAGAAGAGUCCAUUUUUAUUGUACCGAAAAGACUAUGUAUUAAAUUAUCUGGUCAAGUCUAAACUGUAGUCUUUUUUGACGAAUAAUACUUAUUGCCAGUCUUCCCCUUAGGAAGAUCUCAGCAAGUUCAAUAACUUACGGUCAUGAUUGUAUCAUUAACAAAUGGUUAAUGACGACUUUUGUGAAAAGCGUACAUUCCAUGUUGAAUAAAACUCGAUAUACCUACUUAAAUGAUGAAAGGGUUACUAAUGCGUAUGUACCGGAACCACUCGAAUAAAGUUCUACUCGCUUACGAAAGAAGAUUCUGGCUCUCCGAUUAUCCGGACUCUAAAACUAGUCGGAAAAACGCGUAACUGAACCAUUAUUGAAGUAUUAAUCAUCUCACAAAAGCUACUAUUGAUAAAAAGAAAAUCGAUGUAGAAGUAACCUGAAGAUAUGAAAUCACGACUAAACUAAAAGCCAAUAAUUGUAUUUGGUAGUUAAUGUUAUUAAUAAGAAUCGUUUAGGAACCAUGAGAAAAGUACUUUUGAUUUAUUAGACCAAAUUCUAGUCGUACUUCGAUGCAGCUAAUUAUUAUACAAAAUAAAUCUUUGAACAGCUUCUCUGUAAACUAAUAUAGACAAUUAAAAUCAUUAAAUUACGGAUUUAUAAUCAACAAGACAAGAAGGUAAUGAUUAACACUUGCUAGGACAUCUCGUACUUAAGAAUAAUAGUUUUAAUGCUAUGUGUUAUUACAAACAAAGUACACUCUAGCGAAAAUUAUUAUAAAAGAUAGCAGAAUGCCUUCACUGGAAGUCUCAAGCUAUUUAAAUUACAAGAUGUUAACUUCUGGCAGAAAAACAGCUACUAAUAUAAGUACGUUUAACUAGCUCAAAGUUAACUAGCUUAACUUGUGUAACAGUAUUCAGGACUAGGUUAAAAAACCGGACAUGACAAAACAGAUCUUCCCAUAGAGCUUUUCUAUAUAAAUUACAUAUUCUACAAUUGUUGAGCAAUCAAUAAAGUUAUAGCUUUAAUAAAGAAUAUCUACAUUAGUUAUAAUUAAUAAUAAGAUAUACAUAAUGUUACAUUUGUAAAUGUCUAUUUUAAUACCGCAGCUAAUGUUAAGUGAUACAUUUUGCUCAAACAUGAAAUUGAAGUUUGUAUGAAGUUUUCUGUAUGUGAACAUACAAUAAAAUCGGUUUAAAACUGUACGAGUGUUAAAAAAUUGAUACUUUUAAGAAUUUUUCAUGUAUCAUGAAUCUAAAUGGUUUUUAGAUUAAAUAUACAAUAAACGUAUGGAUUUCGUACAUUAGAGAACACAAGACCCAAAUCGAUGACGUAAGCGUCAAAGAAUGGCUUUUUACAUAGAAAUUUCAAUGAGUUCGUAUUUCGUAUGGUCGCUUGAUAUCGGAGUCUUGCGUUGUCUCGUGUUUGAAAUGCUCCACGUGUCUAUAAAUAAAUAUAUUUAAGGAACAUGUUUUUAAGUACUAUAUUUGCACGAAUCUCUUGUAAAUACCGAUUAAUUAAUAUUGUAAGACAAAAAACAAGGCAGCUGAAAAAGUAUUAAAUAAUAAUGCAAUAGUCUGAGAAACUUAGCCACAGUAGUUGUUUAUAAAUGCAGAAUAGUUUGUAGGUUCGAAAUAAAAUGAGAUUCAAUCUAUAAUUAAUGUAUUCUAAGAAUAUUUUUAUAUUUUUUAUGUAAGGUUGUUGAGAUAAAAUAUUAGAAUGGAUAUUUUUGUAAGUCCAAAUAGAUUAUCAUGAAAUUUUAAUGGAUUUGAACUAAAGUUAAGCUCAAUUGUCUAUAAAUGGACCUUAUUAAAUAUUCUAAAAUGUAUAAUACUUGUGUUCUUGAAGUUUUCGUGAAUAGUUUACUACGUAUUGUUUACAAAAUCAGUUUUAUAUUUGUAACAUUUGCAAAAUAUCACAAAAAGAAAAUUAUGGUUGAAUGUUACAUUAUCGUGUGACUAUAGUUAUUAAGUAUUAGCAAUCCCAUCCAUUUGCAAUUUACGCCUAUUUUAAGUCAAUAUUCUUAUUCUAGAUUUAUAAAUCAAUUGUUAUAAAUAAUUUACUACUUAAAAUAACUAGCUAAUCUUAUAAAUAAUCUCUAUAAGUCACGGACCUAUUUAUAAUGGUUUUAUGUCAUUUGGACCACCGAAAUUGGAAAAUACUUGUUCUAGUUGUAAAAUAAAUUUAGUCUAGAUUAUACCUAUACUUAUUGUUUAAAUUAAUUGCCAAUAUUUCUCAAAG